AAUCAAAUAUCUUUCCUGAAAACAUCACAUUAAGGGGUUGUUUGUGCUUGAAUUCUGAUAUUGAUUAUGCGAUAUGGUAUAAUCAAAAUCAGAUAGUAAACACCCCUUAACUAUAACUUGCAUGCAAGAUUCACAAUUAAUAAAUCAUUUGUAAUUUUGAUGUUAGUUUUGUGUCUAUUUAAUGAUAAUAUUCUUGGUUUUGUUUCAAUUUCUAUCUGUUCUUUCUUGGUGGUGGUUGUAGUGCAUGGACUUUUAGAGAGAGAAAUUGUAUCCCUACAUUACAUGCUACACAAUGGUAUCACAAAUCUUGAAAAAAAAAACGCUUAUUUUGGGGCAGAUAUUAGAUAUUGUAAGAUGAUAAUGAAGAAAAAAAUAUGAGACACACGGGCAAUCCAGUGGAGGAGAAUCACCCAUUUGGUUUCAAUUUAUCACCUCAUGUUACUCAUCCCUUCAUUUGUCUGCAUCUAUUUUCUAGAUUUUUAUUUUUAUUUUAUUUUAUUUUUUUUUUUGGUACACACCCUCUUCUGUUCUAUCACUUUAUCUACAAGGUGUCUUUGUCUUGCAACUCCAAAAAAAUUUUAAAUUUUUUUUGCUUAUCUAUACUUGUUGCUUGCUCUUUCCACCAAGUCCCAAAAGGUUUGCUCUCUUGCAGAAACUACGCGGGUAGUGAAGAGAAAUGGAGGUCACAAAUGUCACCGAGUAUCAGGCUAUUGCCAAGGAGAAGUUGCCAAAGAUGGUCUAUGACUACUAUGCAUCUGGUGCUGAGGAUCAGUGGACUCUUGAAGAGAACCGAAACGCGUUCUCAAGAAUCUUGUUUAGGCCGCGUAUCCUUAUUGAUGUCAGCAAGAUAGACAUGACUACCACAAUUUUGGGAUUCAAGAUCUCGAUGCCUAUAAUGCUUGCACCAACAGCCAUGCAGAAGAUGGCUCACCCUGAAGGUGAAUAUGCAACAGCAAGAGCUGCAUCUUCUGCUGGAACUAUUAUGACUUUGUCAUCAUGGGCUACAUCAAGUGUUGAGGAGGUUGCCUCUACAGGACCCGGAAUCCGUUUCUUCCAGCUUUAUGUGUACAAGGACAGGAACGUGGUUGCUCAGCUUGUGAGAAGAGCUGAACGAGCUGGUUUCAAGGCUAUUGCUCUUACUGUUGAUACACCUAGGCUCGGCCGCCGAGAAGCUGACAUCAAAAACAGGUUCACAUUACCACCAUUUUUGACAUUGAAGAACUUUGAGGGCUUGGACCUUGGCAAGAUGGAUGAAGCUAAUGAUUCUGGUUUAGCUUCUUAUGUUGCUGGUCAGAUCGACCGCACUUUGAGCUGGAAGGACGUGAAGUGGCUGCAAACAAUCACCACGAUGCCAAUCCUCGUGAAGGGUGUGAUCACUGCUGAGGACACAAGGUUAGCUAUUCAAGCUGGAGCAGCAGGUAUUAUUGUUUCCAACCACGGAGCCCGCCAGCUGGAUUAUGUUCCUGCCACCAUCAUGGCAUUGGAAGAGGUUGUGAAAGCGGCACAAGGCCGUGUUCCCGUGUUCUUAGAUGGUGGUGUUCGCCGUGGAACUGAUGUGUUCAAGGCGCUGGCUCUUGGAGCUUCUGGCAUAUUUAUUGGGCGACCCGUAGUGUUUUCAUUGGCUGCUGAAGGAGAAGCCGGAGUGAGAAAAGUACUCCAGAUGUUACGCGAUGAAUUCGAGCUAACCAUGGCACUAAGUGGCUGUACCUCGCUCAGUGAGAUUACUCGCGACCAUAUUGUGACUGAGUGGGAUGCACCCCGGGCUCGUCCUGGACCAAGGUUAUAAACCAAAACAUGAUAUCGUUGCGACCAACUCGACUUUUAAUCGCAAAAUAUAACAUGUACCUUGUGUUAUGGUUGCCAAACUUGUAUUGUUUCCUUGUAUAAUGUUCGUUUCUGAAUGAUAAGCUGUCUGAAUGUAUAAUUUUUAAAUGUCCAUUGCCUUGCA